UUUAUUGCAGCCCUUCGGCAUUCGACGAGGAGUCGCGACAAGCUCAGAGGUAACUUUCCUCUGGCCCUUCUCUUUCCUCUCCACCCUCUCGCAACCGCCCUCCACAUCAUUUCCCGGCCCACGACUACUGUCCUCUUCCCCAGACACGUUCCCUCGACAGAGCCGGUACGAUGAAGACGGCGAAGCCGCCUGCGCCUGAGGGCGCCACCGGUUCCAGUCGCAGAGCUCAGCCGGUGCGCCAGACGCGAGUCAACCCGCCGCGCACGUCGUCGCUGAAUCGCCUGAACCCCUUGGCGAGCGCCCCCGCGCCAGAGCAACCCAUCAGCAUCCUACCCGGCGUUACGCACUUCGCAGAUGCCAUUACAGCACUCCCGAAAGAGCUUGUCCGGCACUUCACGCUUCUCAAAGAAGUCGACGCCAAGAUUUUCGCACCCGAAGCCGCCCUCUUCGAACUCCUCAACGAAGUCCUCAACACCGCGGCCCCGGACCUCAACAGGCCACUCAAUGAUGCAUCGAGCACCACUGCGUCGGUCUCUGCGGCCGCGAACGCUCAGAACAGCACCACCGGGGUCGCCAACCCGCCGGCUGCGCCCUCUGAGGGUUCUGUCAGCUCAGUGUUCCAUCCCGCCAAUAUCCCUCGGCGUACCCUCUUCCGCGACACUGCACUGAAGAUACAAUCGAUGCUUGUGUCCAUGGAGGAGAAGAACCAUCUCAUUGCGACUGCCAAUGACGCCCUACAGAAGCAGUUGUCGCGGAUCGAGGACAUUUGGCCCCACCUCGAAGGCGAAUUCAGCGACGAGGCCAAAUGGGGCAGCACCACACACUGGGCAUACGUGGAAAAUAGGCAAGCAAAGGCCAAUGACAAGCAGGUAGAGCGCUCGCGUCGAGAAGGCGCGGCCAGUCUUUCUGCUGCUGCCCAGCAGCUGGCUGAAGAGGCGGCCGCCCGCAGUAAUGACCGGAAGCAGGCCCUGGCAGCCAAGAAGAACUCGAAGAACCAAACGGCCGAUACCGACGGCGACAAGGCGCAAGACUCGGGAAAGAGAACACAAGGAGGCAAGGCAAGGAAACCUCUCCCGGACUCGGGGCCAGUAGGCCUUGGCAUCAAUAUUCCUACACCUUCGGCGAGUGCUCCGCCGAACAAGAGACGCAAAGUCGAGGCAACAAAGCCAAACGGAGGGACGCCUACAGAGCGGGCGAUGAGCACGGUCUUUAACAACAAUGCUUCGAAGGGAAAGACCACAAGUCCAAGGGAGACUCCAGCUCCCGAGAGCGGCAACAAGAAGCGCAAGGCGCUCCCUACGUCAAGCAAUCAGGCAAAGCGGAGGGCCAAUGCAACGAUGUCUCCGUCGCUCACGUCCUCUCCUGUCAUCGGAUCGCUCCCCGACCCUGUCAUUAGAGCUGGCAGGGGCUCACCUGCCCCGUCAGCUGCUGGCCCCCGACCUGCUUCGUCUCGCGCUCGGCGGAACUCUACACAGUCAAGCGUCGAGAACACGCGACAGCGCCCGCCAUCGACUAUGACGAACAAGUCGAAUGGCAACUCUCAAGAAAUCCCUGACCCAGGCCAGCCGAUUAACGGCGCAAGGGCUUACACCGACAUGAAAGUUCAGAAGGAGGCGGCGGGUCUUUCUGUUCUGAGCAAGCCGCCUCCUUUAAGACCGGAGAUUGAAAAUCCUCCUCUGGCACUGGAGCCGGCACAGAAUGGCAACAAAAAGGAGGUCGGCACAAAACCGACCGACGAGCGGGAGCAGCAGAGGAAGGAUACGGCGCCGCUUAUCAUCCAGCCCAUGUCAACUGCUAUGGCAAGGACUAAGAGCGGCCGCGCAAGCAAGCCGUCUACUCCAGCCACGGCAACAUUUGCCGAAGCGGCUUCCAGCACCACAGUGACAACAUCUUCCCGGUCGAGGCCAUCACGUAAUAACACCACAGAAAGCAGCGGAAGUGGCGUCGCGAACACAGCAACGACCACUUCCAUCACCGCCUCCAUAUCCUCCAGUACAACAACGGCGACGAGCUCUACCACAAAACGCAGCCACAAAAAAGGGGCCUCUAUCUCGGCAACGGCCGUCGCACUAUCCCAAGCAACGCAACCAGUCGCCACCGCGGCAGACAAGGACAAAGAAAAGGACAAGGCACCGGCGACUAGUAGUAGGAAGGAAAAGGCCAACAGUGGGGCCCGCGCCGAUGAUGAGGACGACGAGGAGCAAGACGGCGACGACGAGCCGGUUGCUGACGACGAGCUCUACUGCUUCUGCAACCAGGGCAGCUACGGGGAGAUGGUGGCGUGCGAUGGCGAGGGGUGUCCAAGGGAGUGGUUCCACUUGGAGUGUGUUGGGUUGAAGGUAGCGCCGAAGAGAGAUGCGAAAUGGUACUGUGAGGACUGCAAGAAGAGGUUGAAGAUCGCCGAGCGGAGAUGAGCUAAGCUUCCUUCUGGCUGCUCUCUUUCUAUUCUAUCCCUCUUUUCCUACACCCGGAGUCGUCAGCUCUUCGUUCCCUGGUAGA